CCACUAGUGAUCAACUGUCAUGUUUCACGUUGUUGCACGUUAUAGUUUAAUGUAGCGAACAGAAAACAAUAACAAACUCUUCAGCUUUACGUAAACUGGACUAUCCGUACUACUUAUCGCUUGUCUGCCAAGAAUAACCGCUCUUCAAGAGUUCAGUAUUAGCUUUAAUAAGCUUAUUCCUCUGGAGGACAAAUCCAGGCCCAUAUAUUUAAGAGAAGAAUUGAACUGGAUACUGUCAACAAUUGUUUCUAUAAUGGAUGAAGAGUGCCCUUCCUCACUUACUGAUAUUAGUAUGGCCUGGGUGUGCCACAACCUGGAAGUGCUUUGUGUUGCACGAGAGGACGGGUCACUGCAGUUCUGUCACUGCCCUUUGUUUCCUCAAGAGUUGGCUGACCAGCUUCUGCACAACAUGGCUGAUGAGGGGGUCCUCAACAACAAAACCGUAGGCAUUUUCCGAAAUCUCGAGCACCUGCGCUUGCGGCGAUCCUACAUCCAGUCCUCGCAAAUCUCGGCUGAAUCCUUCAAACUGGCUCUCAGCCCUCACAAGCUUCAAGAACUGAAUGCUUCACAUGUACAUAGUGACAUCACAAUCUCCAAUGUUCUCCACAGUCUAACUGCCAACAAAGACUGCAGGCAAGGCCUUCAGGUACUGCUGAUGAAUGGCUUAAAUCUUCAUUUGGAAGAAAGUGAGCCUGGGCAGGCUAGUUUCAGCAUGCUUCGGGGCUUGAAGAAACUCUCUUUGGCCUGGACAGACUUAAAUGAUGCUGGUCUGGAGGACAUCUCCUCCCUGCCCAUGCUAGAGAGUUUGGAUAUCUCUGGAACGAACAUCACAGAUCUAACGCCUCUGUUGAACUGUCAAUCCCAGCUCAGAUCCCUAACUGCUCAUGGACUCCAUAAGUUGGAGAUGCCAACCCCCUGCCUUCUUUCAGUCUUAGGCAAGCUGCAUUUGUUGAGACACCUGGAUAUAUCCAAUGACAGGCUGGUAACAGAUGGAGACAACCUGGUCCAGCAGCUUCUGGAGCACUCAGGGAUCCUUCCUCAUCUUGUGUCCCUUGAUGUGUCGGGCUGGAGGGGAGUAAGUGAUGCUGCUGUUCAGGCGUUUAUAGAGGCAAGGCCAGGGAUGAGGUUCAUCGGGCUGCUGAACACAGGUACGGGCAGCUCUGAGCUGCUGUCUGGAGAUGGAAAUCUGAAGGUGGCUGGAGAGACAAACCUGACCCAACUGUGUGAGGCCUUGAGGAGAUAUAGUGACAGAGCAAGCUUCAUACAGGAGGUUCUUGUUCAUCUCUACAGUCAAACCAGUGACAUGGAGGAACCUCAGCCAAACAUUUUAAAGUUGGUAUCUGCUGGAAUGCGACACCACACCAAGUCACUACAUGUGCAGCUUGUGGCCACUGCAUGUGUGGUUAACCUGACCACAAUGGAGCUGGUGCUGGGAAUGCCUCUACACCUGAUGGGAACUGUAGUUCAACAACUGCUCACAGCCAUGAAGAACUUUCCAAACCACCAGCAGUUGCAGAAGAAUUGUCUGCUUACCCUCUGCAGUGACCAUAUCUUACAGGUUGUCCCAUUUGACAGAUAUGAGGCCACUAAACUGAUGAUGGUGUGGUUGGGGAAUCAUGAAGACCUGACGCUCCAGAGAAUGGCUGUGGCUAUAGUCUCCAUACUGGUGUCCAAGCUGAGCACAGAAGAAAUCUCAGAGUUGGGUGCAGAGACAUUUAUCAUCAAGCUACAGCAGCUGCUGAGUAUCACCCAGCAGAAGGCUUCACUGGGUGUUGUGGAUGCAACACUGAAGUUUGCGCUGAGCGCUCUGUGGAACCUGACCGAUGAGACACCAAUGGCCUGCAGACAUUUCAUCCAGUGCCAAGGCCUGGAGCUCUACAUGGAGUUGUUGGAGUCUUAUUACUCAGAGUCCACUAUACAGCAGAAGCUUCUGGGCCUUUUGAAUAAUAUUGCAGAGGUGGAGGAGCUGCGAGUGGAGCUGAUGGAUGAGGACCUGAUAGAGCACAUGCUCACUCUUUUAUUGAACCCGAUGGUGGAGGUGGGUGUCAGAUACUUUGCUGGUGGAAUUCUGGCACACCUCACCUCCAUCAGGGGGCCCGCGUGGGGUCUGGAUGCUGAGCUGCACCACACUGUCCUGGAGAAACUGCACUCCUCUAUCCUGUCAUGGAGCUCUCCUGAGCAUUACCUGGUUUCUUACCGGACUUUGCAGCCCUUCUAUUCUUUGUUACACGUCUCACAGUGUUCUGGUGUUCAGCUCUGGGCUCUCUGGGCCAUACAGCUCGUCUGCAGUCAGAACGCCGCUCAGUACUGUAGUAUGCUCCAGACUGAAGGGGGAACGGACAUUCUGAAGGUCCUGAGAUCUCAUCCAGAUACACACAGUGACGUCAAGAGCCUGGCAGAAAAUAUCCUGAGGAUCCUGGAGCAACAACUGCAUCCUGCAGGCCCAGUGCAAGAUUUUCAGUGACAGCUGACAUUUGAACACAUCAAGACAGAGACAAUAUCAGUCAAAACAACACAGAAAUGACAUGGUCAUACACUGAGACCUUCCCAAAAAUUUUGGAUGCAAUGCAGAAUCCAUGUAAUUUCAGAACUCAUAGAGGAUUUUAACUUGUCUAUGUGAAUGCGAUUCAUCAAAUGAGCACAAGCACUUCUCUGAUAUUCUGGCCCAGGCUCGGUUCAUCAAGUUUAAAAGUGAUUGUUUCUUCUACUUAAACUAAGAGAGGAAAGCUUUUCAAUUCACUUUUUAACACUACUUCACCCUUCUGCUGAGUUCUUCAGUUGUCUUAAUUCUUUUGGACCCGUAUUAAAGUAACAAAUACAGCUCAAAAGCUUGUCUAUAUUAUAAGGAUACAUAAUCAACAGUGGUUAUUAAAAAGUUGAUGGGUGUCAUGGCACUAAGCAACCAUUAGAGGGAACUUUAUCAUUUUGUCCAUGCUCACCAGAGACUAAAGCACAUUCAAAACAAAGAAUUGAAACAGCAUUUUUAGCACACACACACACAAUAACAACAAAAUAACACACCCUUUUUGGUUUUGAAGGUAUUGCUAUUAUAUAAGAAUCUAUUUGUGUUGUUACAGAUUAUUAGAGCAUUGAAUGUUGUACAGUGUUCAUUUAAAGCACAUUUGAGAAGCUCUAAAUAUGUGCAUCUGCAUAGAUGUUUGCUUUUUUCACUAGUCAAAAUAAAUCACAACUCCGAAA